AUGGAUAUGCAGCAGCCGAGCAUGGAGAUGCAGCAGCAGCAGGUGAAGUUUUCUGAUCAGCUGCAGCAGGUGACGUCCGAUCAGCAGCAGCAGCAGGUGAAGUCUCCAGAUCAGCAGCAGCAGAUGAAGUUUCCUGAUCAGCAGCAGCAGUCUCAGCAGCAGCAGCAGGUGAUUGCCGAUCAGCAGCAGCAGAGGACGCCCGAUCAGCAGCCUCAGCUUCAGUCCGAUGAUAAGAUCGCAGUCGAUGAUCAGAACGCAGUGGCUAAACAACAGGAUCAGGGGACGACUUUGGAUAGUCGGCGAACGACGGGUUUGGCUCUUGAAAAUGUUCAGAGAGUUGCCUCUUCGGCUUUGCAAAAUUCUUUGGAGCAACCUAAGAGGCCGAGAGGAAGACCUCCCAAGUCGGAGCAAAUUCGUAAGCCUAUUGUGGAAAAUAGUAUUAAAGGACGCUUAAGGAAGCCUCCGGAGGUGCCCAAUGCCAGAUCUGAACAGAUUAUUCAAAAUAAGCUCAAAGCUUCCUUUGAUGCUGGCAAUAAUCCUAGAGAUUAUGUGGUGGAUAGAAGCGGAUCUUCCAGUGCUAGAUCUAUGAGCAACAUCGCGUCGCAAAGUUGGGCGGAUGAAGUGGAAGUGGGGAUUAACCCCGCCUUCUCCUCUUAA